GGAAUGUGGCGAUUGUGAGGACGGGGAUUGUGAUGGCGGUCAGAACCUGGUGAAGCCAAAUGUUAUUGUCUCAAAGAUGUCCUCUGGCCCUGGUUGGCAGCACUGUGGUUACCUGGAUGGACAGGGAGGACAGGGAGGUGAUGGAAGCCCGAGGGGCAGGAGAAAGCUGCCCCACCCUCUCCAAGGUGGCACCUGCUGACAGCAUGCCUGAGGGGAAGCUGAAGGCUUCUUUGGAUGCAGAACCCCCCAAACUAGAACUGCCUACCCUGGAAGAGAAUGGAAUCUCUGAGGACAGAGAUUGCCCAGGGCCCCCUAAGUCACUGUCUCCGAAGUCUGGCCCUACCACCAAGGGUCAGGCUGGCGAUGGACCUAGUCUGGAACCCACCGAGCUGCCCCUGCCUCUGGAGACAGAACACCACAACGCGAUGGAGCUGGAGAAGGUGCGCAUGGAGUUUGAACUGACGCGCCUCAAGUACCUGCACCAGGAGAAUGAGCGGCAGCGGCAGCACGAGGAGGUGAUGGAGCAACUGCAGCAGCAGCAGCAGGCUUUGCCUCGCCAGUUCUCAGGAGGCCUCCAGGACCUCUUGCUCCCCCAGAACCAAUUCGCCAUGUUCCUCUACUGCUUCAUCUUCAUUCACAUCAUCUACGUUGCCAAGGAGAUGGUCUUCUUUCUCUUCUCCAAGCACUACCUGUUCUGCCUCGCGGCCAUCUUGCUGUGUUUGAUUAAAACCUUGUGGUCCUACUUCCAAGUGCCGUUGCCUCUUCCACCGCUCGCAACGCCAUCCGUGCACCACCGAACUCCUCCCCUCCCGUCAUACCCUGGCCUGAUGGCACAGUCGCCAGCUGCCGACAUCUGCAACAACGGUUCUGCUACAACACUGAGUCUCUUCCCAGCCUCCCAGUCUGUGGAGAAAGAGGCGGAGAUGAACCCAAACAAGGGAGUUUCCAAGCCACAAGGAGAGUUCCUGGAGUACCCGGGAGAGCAUGUGCCCUUCUGCAAGGAAGAACUAUCGGACCCACUGCACUGGCGAGAGGUUCGUCAGGACCCACUGGGGGACAGCCCUAGGUCCCACUGGUCUGUGGUCCUCACUGUGACUGACCUGAGCUCAGACACCCUGAGUGUGAAAAAACGAAGGUUCCUCUGUGGUACCAGCUAUGGCUGUGUAGUUACUGUCAUAUCUGACCCGCUGGCCACCAAGGCUCCCAAUUCCUACACAGUGUGCUUUAUAAAAACGAACAGUGACAACGUCAAGCUUUUCAGACUUGUUCCCAAUCCCAGGUUAUCAGCAGAUAUCAGCAGGUUAUGA